UGUAGGAAGAAAAAUCGCGGAGGAGAGAGUGAAGAGUGAAGAUCAGAGAAAAGGAAAGCUGAAAAUGAAGCUAUUAGGAUGGUGGCUAAUGCUGGUCGGCUCUCUGAGAUUAGCCUCUGUUUGGUUCGGCUUCUUCGAUAUAUGGGCUCUCAGGCUCGCCGUUUUCUCCAACACUACCAUGACAGAAGUUCAUGGAAGGACAUUUGGAGUAUGGACACUGUUGACUUGCACUCUUUGCUUUCUUUGUGCAUUUAACCUUGAAAACAAGCCUCUAUAUUUUGCUACCUUCUUAUCCUUUGUGUAUGCAUUUGGCCAUUUUUUGACGGAGUACCUGUUCUACAACACCAUGGCCAUAGCAAAUCUGACAACUGUUGGCAUCUUUGCAGGUAGAGAUGUUUUCCCAGCUUGGCACAUCAAUAGUGUGGAUGCUGCUGCAGUGGAAUUCACAUAAGGAUAUCCAUGCCAAGCAUUCUUGAAUUUUGAACUAAUUGGUGCUAGCUAGUUCCUGAAUCCAUUUGCAGAUGCUCCAGAAUCAGUUGUUACCACAUUGCAACACCUGCAAUUUUUCAAGGUAUCCAGAAUAUGAUGCCAAAUUCUGCAUACUGAACUUUGAGAAGGAUUAGGAUUGUCUGCUUCUAAAUGCCGGAUUUUGUUUGCUGAUCGAUUUUUGGGCUUUAAUCAACCAGGACACUCCAAACUUCUUCAGUUUGAUCAUGUUACUUCUGCUUUGUCAAUCAACAGAACUUAUGGAUCCUUGAAUUCUUCCCUGAAGACUUUCUUUUUCUAUAACAUGUUCCAUUCUUGUGGCUUUGGUUUUGGUUGAUUGCUGACUGUUGAUUAAACUGGAGAUAAUCUCAUUUCAAUAAGUUUAUGCGCAA